CACACACACACACACACACACACACACACACACACACACACACACACACACACACACACACACACACACACACACACACACACACACACACACACACACACACACACACACACACAC